UCCCGGGAGAGCCGCGGCCACACCGCCCGCUGGGACCGGGCCGAGCCGCGCUGAGCCGAGCCGGGCCGGGCCAUGGCCCCGCCGGGUCCCGGGGCGCUGCGCUGCGCGCUCCUGUGCGCGCUGCUCUGCGCGCAGGGACCCGCUCCCACCCGCGCAGGAGAGUGUGGUGAGAUGAGGUCCUGUGAGACAUGUACGGCUGUCACCCCCUCACACAACACCACCGGCUGCAUCUGGGUGGGCUGCAGGACCCCUGAGGAGCCAGAAACAGGGAGCUGUGUGCAGAGAGGGGCAGCAACACGGGAGACCUGUGCACUCUACAACACCAGCACCCUGUGCCGAGCUCUGAAGUCCCCCACAGAAGAGCCUCCACGGUCCCACAGCAAGGAGCCAGUGACACACUCCACAAGGACCACCACCACUAGUGCCCCACUGACGGGCAGCCCCGAGUUCCACCCGCCCGGCUUCGACACGGCCAGUUUCAUCGGGGGCAUCGUGCUGGUGCUGAGCAUCCAGGCCGUUGUCUUCUUCGUCAUCAAGUUCAUCAAGUCGAAGGACAGCACCUACCAAACGCUGAUCUGAGGCCACUGCGUGCCCCAGGCUGGGUGAGGGACACUGUCCUUGUCCUCCCCGGGGUGAAGAGGCUGCUGGUGUCACCCCCCCCGCGGCCACAGGGCCCCCCCACACCACGACUAUGCAAAUCUGGGGACACCAGGGUGGGACACGUCCCCCAGGCCUGACCCCUGUCCCUGUCCCCAGCAGUGGCUGGGGAUGCUCCAGGGGUUUGCACCCUCUGGCUGCUCCCUGGGGGAUGCAGGUGGGCAGGGGGGCCCAUCCAGCCCUGAAUCCUACCUGGGGCUCCUCCACCCUGUGUUUGCCAAGCACCCAGGGGACCUGGGGCACCCCAGGGAUCAGAGGACACGUGGCCAUGGCUGGUGGGGGAGGGCCCUUUGCUGGCCGAGACCCCAGACCCACGCUGGGGCAAAGCCUGAGAUGGUACAGGGUGGGACAGAGACUAAUAAAGGAUUUUCCUGUAA